AUGGUUAUUACUUUGAUUUUUAUAUCAGUACCUGGUUUAGAUGGGGAGUCUCCAUACUUCUUCGGAACAUCGGAUUUGGCAUGUGUAACAACGAAAGGACGAUUCCACUUAAUUGUGAAACGAUCAGUCCAGAUGAAUUCCGAGAGAAACAGAACCCGGAGAGCAGCACAAACAAGGCACGUGUUCUCUCCUACACACCGGUGGAUUUAUUAUAAAGGGAUGUUCUAUGAAUGGGGAACUGACGGGGGAACGAAAACUCGCUUGUUUGGAUUCUUGAAUGACGCUAAGAGUUACAGCAUAAAAACUGGACUUCCGUACAAAGGGGAGACAUGUGAUUGGUUAAUGGAAUCUAUGCCUGCGGGUUACUCAAGUGUAUCGGUUGAGUGUCUUAUGGGUUGUACAGCAAAUUACUGGACUGUGUCGGGCGAUUACAACAUUUUACAAAAUAACUGCCAUCAUUUUGCAAACACCAUUUCAAAUAUUCUGUGCUCUAAUAUUUGUCCUGAAUGGUGUUUCAACAUUUUGUGACGUAAGAAAUGUGUUGUGCUUGUAAUGAUAAUGGAUGUGUACAAUCUGUUAUUUCCCAGUUUGACUAUAUGAUAAUUUGGACUUAACCAGCUAAGUAUGUACAAAUAUAGAAAUAGAGAAA